AUGAAGGCCUUCCUCCUGCUGCUGGCUGUCCUUGCGCUGGCCUCUGCUGCCAACGUCACCACCAAGCUGUGGCCUCGUCCCAUCAACUUCACCUCCACUCCCGAGGGCGACAACAUCACCGUCUCGCCCUGCGAUAUCAAGUACGUGGUCGAGUCCCCCGGCCAGAUCUACGUCGAGGAAAUGAUCAACCUCUACCUGAUCCAGGUGUUCCACUGCACCAAGAUCCAGGAGGGCAAGAUAUCCCUCAACGUCGUCGUCAAGAGCGUCGAUCCCAUGGAACACCAGCAAGUGGAGCUCUCUGCGGACUACUACCCUGGCUUCCUGAGGGGGCUGGAGACCUUCUCGCAGCUGUUCGAAAAGAACGAUAAGGAGGAGUAUGUGGUGCACAGCGUGCCGGUGACUAUCUCUGACGCUCCUCAGUUCCUGUGGCGAGCAGUGAUGAUCGACACAUCGCGGCACUUCCUGCCUGUGGGCACCAUCAAGCGCGCCAUCGACGCCAUGAUGUACUCCAAGCUCAACGUCCUCCACUGGCACAUCACUGACGAGGACGCCUUCCCCCUCUUCGUCCCCACCGUACCAGAGCUCAGCGGCAGCGGCAGCGUCGGAGGAGUCUACUCGGAAGUGGAAGUGAAGUCCAUCAUCGCCUACGGGAAGCAGCGAGGAGUGAGAGUGGUCCCCGAGAUCGACACACCCGCGCACUCUGAGUCGUGGGGACGAAGCGAAAAGUACAAGAGCAUCACUCUCAACUGCAACGGAAAGUACGAGGGACAGCUCGAUCCCACUCUCAACCUGACUUGGGACGUGCUUACCGACGUCCUCAAAUACGUCAAUACCACUUUCACCGACGACUACGUGCAUUUCGGUGGUGACGAAGUGGUCUACAACUGUUGGGGCGACCGUCCUGCCAUCGUCUCCUGGAUGAAGGACAACAACAUCUCUGACUUCAAGUCCUUAUCGAUCUACUUCCGGCACCGUCAGAAGCAGCUCUGGCGGACCAUCAGUCCCAAGAAGAAGGUGAUCUACUGGGCCAACGAGGACAUCGACCUGCCCGUCGACAACGACGACGUCAUCCACUGGUGGGGCGUCAGCGCGAACGUCAACAAGCUGGCCGGCAGGAAGAACGAAGUCAUCCUCUCCAACUACGACCUCACCUACCUCGACAUCGGCUUCGGCAACUACUACGGCAGGACCUACGGCACCUACGAGCACUGGCGCAAGGUCUACUCCUUCGAGCCCAGGGUCGCCAACGUCAACGUCAUCGGCGGCGCAGCCUGCAUGUGGAACGAAGUCGGCACCUACCGCACCUUCGAGCAGAAGGUUAUCCAGCGGUCCAGCGUCGUCGGGGAAAGACUGUGGAACGUGAAAAUCGAUAUAAAGACUGACCUAAGGAACAUCGCUGCACGGUUGACUGCGCAUUCCGAUCGGCUGAGAGAGAGGGGAUACAAGGUGUGGCCGGUUACUGUCGGCAUAUGCGAAAAAGAAAUCGACAUUUGUUUCUGA